AUGGAUCGGAGUUAUUCACCAUUACGACGUUCUGGAUCGCCUCGACGUCAUAGGAGCCGUAGCUCAAGUCGACGUCGACGUUCUCGAUCUCUGUCAAAGUCACGUCGUCGGCACCGCAGUAAAUCCAAAGAUCGACGCUCGAGCUCUAAAUCGCGUUUGUGUUAUCACGAACAUUAUUAUAAAGGAAAUUUUCAGGAACGGCGUGAUAAAGAUAAGGAAAAGGAGAAGAAAGAACGGAAACGAAGUAAAAGUCGUACACCGCAUAAGAAGGAUGACAAACGUGAACGUGAUAAAGACAAGGACAAAAAGAAAGAUAAGGAGCGAGAAAGUAGUGGUCGAAAAGAUCGAGAAAAGAGUCGAAAUGAAAAAAAUGAUAAAAGGGAUGAGAAAGAUCAUGAUCGAGGAAGGAAAAGUUCUCGUAAGGAUAAGGAUAGGGAAAAAAGCAGCAGGAGAAGCGGUAACAAAAGUUCGAUUAAAUCUGAAGUGAAGCUGCAAAUAGAACAUGGUGAAAGUAUGGAUGUUGAUUUAUCAGAUCAGCCCAUAGCAUCAGACGAAACAGCCAUGAGAGAAAGGUUAAUGGAAAAAGUUUUAGCUCGAAAUAAUGGGUCAAGAAAGUUAUUAAUGUAUUUUAGAGAUGAGAACGAAUCAAAGCAAAGCAGUGGGAACAGUGAUGGAGACUCCCCGCAGAAAAAGAGAUCUCGGAAGCAUUCUAGAUCGUCCUUUUCAUCUUAUUCAGACUGA